AUGGACGCCUCCUCCCUCCGCAUCUCCAAGUUCGAUGGAACUAACUUCCACGCCUGGAAGUUCAAGAUGCAGAUGGUGCUGGAGGAACGGGACCUAUGGGAGGUCGUCAGCGGUGAGAUCAAGGCGGAACAGUGCGAGACUCAUUUGGACCAAGCGACGUACAAGAGGAAGUCAAGAAAGGCGAUGGCAGUGAUCUGUCUAGCCAUGGAAGAUUCCCAGCUACCGUUGGUCCGGUCGGCAAGUGGUGCAUGCGACGCAUGGUCAAGGUUGGAAGACCACUUCGAGAAGAAGAGUCUUGCCAACAAGCUGUUCUUGCGCCGUCGCUUCUUCACGACAAUGAUGGAAGAAGGCGACGAUGUGCUCGAACACAUCAACAAGCUCAAGACGCUGGCGGAACAGCUAGAAGCGGUGGGGGCUCCAGUCUGCGAGGACGAUCUGGUGAUCACACUCCUCGGCAGCCUGAGUGACUCGUAUCAAUUCUUGAUCACAGCUUUGGAGUCGCGCUCAGACACUCUUAGCUGGGAGCUCGUGACGUCUCGACUGCUUCAUGAAGAAAUGAAGCGGAAGGAGCAAGGAAGUAAAAAGGUGAUGAAGCUUCGCAAGGUCAAGCGUUCAUCACAAGGGACAAUCAGCGCAAAGGGCGACCAGUGA